CCAGUGCUGAGGUGGUGUGCUGCCAGCUCAGACCCUUCGGUCACACGCUUACGCUUCCAAUUGGCUGCCCAGCGCACUGUUCCUGAAAAGAGCCGGAUUCAUCCAAGGCCACUGACUGCCGGAGCCAUGGUUCAUGGGUACAAAGGGGUCAAGUUCCAAAACUGGGCCAAGACCUAUGGCUGUUCACCGGAGAUGUACUAUCAGCCCACCUCUGUGGAGGAGAUCCGAGAGGUGCUGGCUCUAGCCAGGCAGCAGAACAAGCGGGUGAAGGUGGUAGGCGGUGGCCACUCACCCUCAGACAUCGCCUGUACCGACGGCUUCAUGAUCCACAUGGGCAAGAUGAACCGCAUCCUCCAGGUGGACAAAGAGAAGAACCAGGUGACUGUGGAGGCUGGCAUCCUCCUGGCUGACCUGUACCCACAGCUGGACAAGCACGGCCUGGCCAUGUCCAACAUGGGAGCAGUGUCAGAGGUGACCAUCGCUGGAGUCAUUGGGUCAGGAACACACAACACAGGGAUCAACCACGGCAUCCUGUCCACUCAGGUCGUAUCACUGACACUGAUGACGGCGGACGGGGCUGUCGUGGCGUGCUCGAAGUCUAACAACGAGGAGCUGUUCCAGGCCGCCCAGGUGCACCUGGGCUGCCUCGGCGUGGUCCUCAGCCUCACCCUGCAGUGUGUGCCCCAGUUCCACUUGCAAGAAACCACCUUCCCCUCCACCCUGAAAGAGGUCCUUGACAACCUGGACAGCCAUCUGAAGAAGUCUGAAUACUUCCGCUUCCACUGGUUUCCACACAGUGAGAACGUCCGGGUCAUAUACCAGGACCACACCAACAAGCCCGCCUCCUCCUCAGCCAGCUGGUUUUGGGACUAUGCCAUUGGAUUCUAUCUACUGGAGUUCCUGCUCUGGAUCAGCACCUUCCUGCCGUGCCUGGUGGGCUGGAUCAACCGCUGCUUCUUCCGGCUCCUGUUCAGCGUGAAGAGGGAGAGCAGCAACCUCAGCCACAAGAUCUUCUCCUAUGAGUGCCUCUUCCAGCAGCACGUGCAGGACUGGGCCAUCCCCAGAGAGAAGACCAAGGAGGUGCUGCUGGAGCUGAAGACCAUGCUGGAGGCCCACCCCAAGAUGGUGGCACAUUACCCGGUGGAGGUCCGCUUCACCAAGGGGGAUGACAUCCUGCUGAGCCCCUGCUUCCAGAGGGACAGUUGCUACAUCAACAUCAUCAUGUACAGGCCCUACGGCAAGGACGUGCCACGGUUGGACUACUGGCUGGCCUAUGAGGCCAUCAUGAAGAAAUUUGGGGGGCGGCCCCACUGGGCCAAGGCCCACAGCUGCACCCGGAAAGACUUUGAGCACAUGUAUCCUGCCUUCCCAAAAUUCUGCGCCAUCCGAGAGAAGCUGGACCCCACGGGGAUGUUCCUGAAUGCGUAUCUGGAGAAAGUGUUCUAUUGAAGUGGAAAUGGGAGCCCAGCUUUCCCACACCACUUCUCCAUCCUCACCCUGCCCUCCCCGUGCCUCAGAUGUGCUCGAAGGUCCCGAGGCUCACGGGCCUGAAGGAGCAAAGAUGGCAAUGGCUGCCCCUCUGCUGCAGCACCCUCAGCUCCUCCUACCGCGCAGGCCUCUCCUCACUG